AUGGUUGAAACACUUGGGUGGUAUGAUCACUCAGUAUUCUACAGAUUUCGAGCUAGAUUUUCCGUUCUACUCUUUGGAUGCUCUGUUAGUUUCCUUCCUAUGCUAUGCAUGGCCCACUACAUACAUCUUUUCCUUGUUCCUUUAUGUCUCAUGACAUUUGGUCACCCAAUUACCGAUACUUAUAGCUGCUACUGUUUUCUAAUAAUUUUUGUCUAUACAAUCUACUGGGUUCUGGAUGUUGAUACGCCUUAUCGUGGCGGAAGGCGAAAUAAUUGGUUUAGAAAUAUUAAUCUGUGGAAGUGGGUAGCGCAGUACUUUCCGGCCCGUCUAGUGGUCUCGGAUGAACUUCGAGAAUGGAGCAAUGAGCAAGGGCGAACGAAUUGCGAAAACUCCGAUUGUUUUCAACUACCGACUGAAUUUAACUACCUUCUUGGCUACCAUCCACAUGGACCAUUUGCGAUUGGAGCCCUUUUGGCCUAUGGAAGCGAAUCACUGAGGUUCUCCAAAAUCUUCCCCGGGAUUACACCUUAUAUGGCCACUUUGAAUUUACAUUAUAAUGUUCCCUUCUAUAGAGAUUACGCCAUGACCUGUGGUGGUGUUUCAGUCAGCCGUGAGAGUUUGACCUAUUUACUUGACAAGGAGAUAACAGGCAAAUCAGGUAGCUUAGUGGCAAUAUCAGUAGGUGGCGCAACUGAAGCACUUGAAUCUCGACCGGGACAUUAUGUUCUCAUGCUCAGCAGAAGGAGUGGUUUCUUCAGAAUGGCCUUGAAAACUGGCGCCCAUCUGGUUCCGUCAAUAGGAUUUGGCGAGACAAAUAUGUACGAUCAGGUGGCUAACCCUGAAGGAUCGACACUGCGGAGAGUGCAGAAUUGGUUCACAAAAAAAUUCACCUUGGCGCCACCAAUCUUCUACUCAAAUCGUCUAAUUCCCUAUCGUCGACCUCUAACUGUUGUCGUUGGUCGUCCAAUGGUAUGCGAACGAACACCCAACCCAACCGACGAACAAAUAGACAAGCUUCGGGAGCAGUACAGAGAACAGUUAGUUCAGAUGUUUAACAAGUACCGACCACUCUACGACCCAACUGCAGAGGAUAUUCGAUUCUUUUGA